AUGGCUGGCCUGGUAAAAUUGUGCUUGAAAAUGGCAUAUGCCUACGGACGGUUAACCGGCGUAAUUAACUUCGAGAUUGAUUUGAAAACGGGUCGAACGCUAGUGACCAGAAGAGCUACGCUUUUCUCAGUCAGCACUCACUUGCUUAUUUUUGCCCUGCUCGUCUACCAUACACUGCGCAAAAGUGUGGUGACCGUCAUGUGGAGGUACGCCAAUUCGCUGCACGAAUACGUGUUCCUGGUCAUAGCAGGCUUUCGCAUAGUUUGUGUAUUUCUGGCCCUGGUCAGCCGAUGGUCGCAACGCCACACAUUCAUGGGACUCUUCGACUCAUUCUGGGGCCUGUAUCAGAGAAAUCCGGGCAUAAUCGACUACUGCCGAAGGAGCAUCGUUAGCAAGAGCUGCUGCGUUGCAAUCAUAGAGACACUGCAAAUCAUAGCCACCUUGGCCAUGAUGCGGAAUCGCCUAAACAUCGCACUGGCUCUGCGCAUUUGGGCCGUAUUCAGUCUGACGGCCAUACUAAAUGUGAUCAUCUCGCAGUACUUCGUUGCCACCGCGUGUGUGCGAGGACGCUAUAUGCUCCUGAACAAGGAUCUACAGGCGAUUGUGAGCGAGUCGCAAUCGCUGGUGCCCAGCGGAGGCGGCGUUUUUGUGACCAAGUGCUGCAGCCUGGCCGAUCGCUUGGAAGGACUAGCCAAGUCCCAGUCUGAGCUGCAGAGGCUCAUCGAAAACUUGGCAACGGCAUACCAAUGCGAAGUCGUCUGCUUGCUCAUCACCUACUAUCUGAACAUGCUGGGCACCGUGUAUCUGCUGUUCAGCUUUAGCAAGUAUGGCAAUUUUGGCAAUCACUUGCCAUUGCUCGUAGCGCUUUGUGCCAUUGCCUACUUCUUCUUUUACAUUCUCGACUGCUGGCUCAAUACGUUUAACGUAUAUUACCUUCUGGAUGCCCACAAUAAGAUGGUUAGGCUGCUCAGUGGACGGACAUUGUUUCGGCCAGGAUUGGAUCACCGACUGGAAAUGGCUUUUGAAGACUUUGCUCUGAACCUGGUGCGCAAUCCAUUGAAACUUCGUAUCUACGGCCUAUUCGAGUUUGGCCGUGCAUCAUCGUUUGCUGUGGGUAACUCCCUAUUAACGCAUUCGCUGCUUCUCAUACAGUACGACGUACAGCACUUCUAA